AACUUUAAAACCCACCGCAAGGGAAGCACGGUGUAGCGGAGCGCACGCACAGAUUGGUGCCUGUAUGUGGAGAUACACCUGUUCACGGGCGCACACUCAUGCGUGGUUAUACACACCUAACACUGAAUGCCAGCAAAAGAUGAGCUGGAAAAUGUAUUGGAAAAGAAAAUACUGGAAGAGAAUGAAAGAAGCACACAACAGAGAAAAGAACGAUGCGCUUCUCCAGAUUCUGUAGACUCUCUGAUGGUAGAAAUGCCAUUUGUCAACAUAGAUAUUGAAGAUGAAUUUGCUAUAUGUUCAACCUCUGAAGUAAAUAUAAAAAAGAAAAGAAAGAGGACUACGGGAAGGGAAAAUGAAGAAUGCAGUGAGAGAAAGAAGAAAAAGAAAAAACAGUAUCAGCCAAAUUAUUUCAUUUCUAUCCCAAUUACUAAUCCAGAGAUUGCUGGUGGUAUUCAGGCUGUCCAAGACAUGAUAAUACAAAAGGAUCAUAGACUUUCCAAAGCAAUGGUUCACCAUGGCUCAUUACAUGUCACAUUAUUGGUGAUGCAUUUAUCCAGUAAGGAAGAAGUUAGCACAGCAGUGGGUGCUCUUUCAGACAGCAAAGAUUUGGUAGAAGAUCUCCUAAAAGGAAGAACUGUGGAUUUGUCUUUUCAAGGAAUUGAUCACUUCAAAAAUGAAGUUGGAUUUGUGAAAUUGGCAGAAAGUGAUCAUACAGCUAUACUUACAGAAGUAGCAGAGAUUAUAAGGAAGAUAUUUCAAGAAAAGGGCAUCUUGGCAGGAGAAGACAGAGCUUUUAAACCCCAUCUGACCUUCAUGAAGCUGUCAAAAUCACCAAAGCUACGUAAGGAGGUGAAAAAAAUUGAUCCAAGCCUUUAUGAAAAAUUUAAAAGCUAUUAUUUUGGAGAUGAAAUUCUGCACCGCCUAGAUCUUUGCUCCAUGCUGAAAAAAAAGCAGCCUAAUGGUUACUACUAUUGUGAGUCUUCUGUCAUUCUUGGAAAGAAUCAUGAAGCAGAUUUAGUAAAGGAAGCUUUGCACAGAGAAACACAGGCCCUGUUAUCCAAAGUGAAUCAGAUAAAGAAGCUGUUAUCCAGUUCUGAGAUCCGCAUGAAAAUUAGCAAAGAACUAUUUGAAGACAGGCACAACUAUACCAAUAAAGGGAAAAGUUGCAUUGACUCUUGAUCUACAAAUGCAUGAUUGUAAAUUACUGUGGUGUAAAAUGUCAUCAGGCUGUUUAAAGACAAGAAAGAAAUUUUCUUUCCUCUGUUUCUUUUUUACUGAAAAUAUAAAUGGGUGUAAAUGGUUCAUGAGAUAUAAUAGUGAAAUACUUGCACAAAAGGACUGUAUUUCAUAAUGAUGAACUACAGCCACUCCUCAGCACAGCAUUGAAAUGUGCUUAAAUGUGCAGGUAUACGUCAUGAUUCCAAAGUGGAAAAAUACUGGCUUCAAGUAAAUCUGAGCAAAGACUGUGCCCUUCCUUUAUCACUGCAAAUAACUCAGAUUUUUCUCACUGAUUAUUUCUGUAGCAAUGACACACAUAUAUUUAAAAAAUUGAUACUUUUAAAUACUUUAAAAUGUAUAUUUGAGAAAAGCUCUUUUAAUUAUCUGCCUUUUGUAUAUGUACUGACAUUUUGAUUUAGCACUGUCUGGUUUUUAUUUUUGUUUUUAAACAGCAGUUGAAUACAUGUAUAGAUACUGAUGUGUAGUUUCUGUUUACAUUAAAGCAAGAAUGUUUAAAUUUUUCAAAUGAGCUUCUGGCUGCGUUAAUCUCAAUGGCAAAACUCUUAUUGGCUUUAAUGGAGUCAGGUUGCUGCCUCAAGAUUUCUCAUGAAAGUAAUAUUCCUUAGAAUGAUAUUUGCCUUUUCAUUUUUGUUGAAAAAUGGUGGGUUUUAUCUUUUGCUUUUGAUGUUUCCUCCAUCUCUAUCUUCUGCUGCCUGAGGUGGGGUCUCAGCUUGCAUUAAUUCUUCCCCUCACACACCUGCAGGAGUCAGUGACGCUUUGGAUGCACAACCCUGCAGGACAGUGACAAGUAUUGGGCAGUGCAGUCCAGUACUUGUUCACUUGCACUCCUUAUAAACAUUUGUUUAAAAUUGCCUAACUGUAAAAGCUGUAUAAUAUAUGUUGUGAGGUAUCAAAUUUGGACUAUUAGAAAAGCUAUGUGCAUAUUCUUCAUUGGUUUUAAGCGCUGGUCAUUUAUCUCAAGCUUCAUACUUACAAUUUUUUCUCAAUAUAUAACAGUAUAUCGUGAAAUGCAUCUCAUACAUUUCUGAGUCCACGUUCCUAAUAAAGAUUUUUUUAUUUGCACUAUUUGUAUGUUUUCACCCCUCUCCAAAUGGAUUUUAAUAAAAUGAAGUACUUUGCAAGUAACAAAA